UGCUGUAUAAAGUGCCUGCAUCUUGUGAAUUGACUUACGUAGCUGAAGCUGCUGUUGCUGUGAAUUUCUUAGGUUACAUUACAUACCAGACCAGAACACUACUUCUGCAAGCUUAACAGACCAUUAUUUCCUCUGAGGGAUAUUAGACAUCUAAUGGACAGUGGGAUUAUUUUGUCCUAACACAAGCUGGAUUUUGGUCCCUCUGUUGAAGAUGAAUGCCUGUUUGAAAAUGAUUCCUGUCAUUUUAAGCACACUGUUAAUGAUUCAGAGCAACCAAGGAGCACGAAUCCUAAGUGGACAGACGGUAUGUAGUGGUGGAUCACACUUCCCAUGCUACAAGUUUGCCUAUUUUCAGGACUUGUCCAGGAGGGUGUCAUUUGACGAAGCUCGGCAGGCUUGUGAGAUUGAUGGAGGAGCACUUUUAAGCAUUGAAAAUGAAAAUGAACAGAGUCAUAUAGAAAUGUUACUGAAGGACCUUACAAAAUCAGGUUCCGGCAUCUCAGAUGGUGAUUUCUGGAUUGGACUAUGGAGAAAUGGAGAAAAUGAGGCCUCAUCUGGUGCCUGCCCAGAUCUGUACAAAUGGGCAGAUGGAAGUGUGACAGAGUUCAGAAACUGGUAUGCAGAUGAACCAUCAUGUGGAAGUGAAGCAUGUGUUGUAAUGUAUCACCAACCAACAGCUAACCCUGGUCUUGGCGGCCCCUACCUUUAUCAGUGGAAUGAUGACAGAUGCAACAUGAAGCACAACUUUAUCUGCAAGUAUGAGCCAGAAAGUGUCCUGGAGAAAGAACUAGGGGACAGAGCAGAGCCAGACUAUGAGCUUUUCCCAACGGUGACUGCAAUAAAACCUCAUGUGCCAAGCAAAUCUGAUGAAGAUCAUCAUGAUAUUAUAAAGACAGAACCUUCAGGUAUAAUUCCCAACCUAAUUUAUGUGAUCAUUCCAACUAUACCUUUGCUGUUGCUGAUCCUUGUGGCCUUUGGAACCUGUUGCUUCCAGAUGUUACAGAAAAGCAAAUCAAGAACAAAAACAAGCCCUGACCAGUCUACUCUCUGGAUUUCUAAGACCCCAAGAAAGGAGAGCUGCAUGGAAGUCUGACAACAGACUAUAAAACAACAGCUAUGAGAGGAAUCCUAAAGAGCUUGUUUGACCAUUUAAAUUCUGAAGACACAUUUCUGGAAUACUAGCAUGAAACUGGCUUUAAAUCACUCAUGAAGAGUGAAGAAAACUGUUGCAAGCUGUUAACUAUAAAACUGAAAAGUAAACCAAGCUUUAUUGAAGAACUUUUCUGACAGUGCAGAAGCAAAUGCUAAGAUAAUUCAGCCAAAAUAUUAUUGAUAUUGUAAUAUAAUUUUUAAAGAUAACUGAACUAUGGUGACCACAAAAGAGAAGGAAACUAGCAAAAAAUGGCAAGUGCAUAAAUGGCAGACUUGCAGCUUCAUAUUUUUCCAGGUUUAGCAAGGCUAUAAAUGAAAUAACUCACAUUUUUUGUGUAUUUUGCUCAAAGUUCAUCAGAUUGUGUUUUAUAUACAUUUGACAAUGUAUUCAUUUUUAAUAUUAUGUUUUUGUUGAGCUAAAUUGCUUUUUAUAAACUGUGCUUUAGAAAUAUGACUGAACAUUUUAAUUUACAUACACACACACUCUCGCUCACACACACACACCACACACACACACACACACACACACACACACACACACACACACACACACACAGACUCACACUCUCUCUUUCUGUCUCUCUCUGUCUCACAAGAAGAAUGGCAGCCCUUUAUCUGAAGGUUGUAAUGUACACAAAUUUACAACAGAGAUUGUUAAUUUUGUAUGGUAUAAGCAGGUGCAAUCCCGAACAGGUUAUUUAUUGUACUCCUCCAAUAAUAUAUCUAAGCAGGAGGAGCUGGGCUUUGUGUUUCUUCCAAAUGAUUACAUUCUUUAUUGCUGCUUUUUGCCAUCAGAAUGGUUAGUUGUGAAAAUAAAAUUAUCCCUCAUCUGGCUUUUAAGGAGCUAAAUUAUAUGUUCUGUAUUAUACAUGUGAGUAAGUGCCAAAUGACUGAAACAAACAUGUUGACUGAUUUAAGAAAACAUCAAACUAUUUAUCAAAAUGAAAGAUUAGUGAAGCACAACCCUUUACAAAUUGCAGUUCAUGUUUACUGCAGAAUCUAAAAGCGAUUGCUGAUACAAGUAUCAAUGCUGUUUCUAUUUCAAAUGAGAAUUGUUAUUAUAUAUACAAGUGUACCAAUCAAAAUUUAUCUCAUCUAGUGUCAUUGGGGACUAUUCUUCAGAUUUAGUUGAUAUUGUGAUGAGUCAAUGGUCUGAUUUUACACAUAUGUAUAGCAAAAAUGCAAAUAAAACAGAGAAUGUUAACACCAAUGAUAUUACCACUUGUAAAAUGUAAGGCAGCUGAGUAUUACAAAUAAAGCACUACUACACACCUUAA